AUGCGGAAUAAUAACACGAUAAUUGUCCUUGUAACUCAAUUCGCGUAUUUUGGAAACCAGGAGUUUGGAGAUAAGGUCCUUGUCAGGGUGAUCUGGGUAAUAAGGGGGAACGCUGUCCGUCUCGCCGAGGCCAUGGACGACAAGGAAGGCGUCAAGGGUAGACACCAAAACCUGGAAGCCCUGGAGAACGGUGACUGCUGGCAGGUUGAUGCCGGGCGUUCAAUUCUGUGCUGGUGCAGCAGCAGGCUACAGUCUACCUACCCUCAUCAUACUGGACAAGUGAUCUUCGACAUACCUGCUUGGUCCACAAUCUCCUUUACGCACCGCCUACUGAUCUCCUGUCGACUGUUUGUGCGGUCUGGCAUGCAGAAGGUGGACCUUGUUGCCCCAAAAUCCCGAGACGACUUUGAAUAUCAAAGCAGCACCCCCGAGCACCAGAGAACAACAAUACCUUCCUUCAAGACAGAUGCCAUGGACCCUUCGGCGUCUAAGCAACAAACUCGUACCUUACCUACUUCAUCAAUCCUCCCACGGGGUGAUUUCACCAACCUACAUACCAUCAACAUGGACACCGAUUUCCAGCCACAUAACCCCCUUGAUCACAAUGCCGCGCUAUGGCUGAAGAAUGUGCCUCCUGGUUGCACCAUCCGCGACCUGAUCCGAGCCAUCACCAGUGUUGGUCCAACCGGCAGAAUCUUGUACACCAAGAUCAUGCCCCCGGAGCGCCUGAACCAGACUUGGGCGGCAAAGGUUGUGUAUGCGACACGUGAGGAAGCACGACGGCUUCGAGCCCUGGCCCAGAGGAACUUGUUCAUUAUGGAAGGCCGUCGCAUUUGGGCAGACUGGAAUCGCCAACUCUCAACCUCUUUCCGGGCUAUCGAGCCCCUCAGCAGGGUCGUGAUCAUCGAGGGCCCUUCGCACAUCAUCAACACCCGCUCACUUGAGAGGUUGUUCAAUAGGAGGCUGAGAAAGUUUGAUACUGAAGAGGUCCUUGUGGAAGAGAACUUGGUUAGGAAUGGUUACUCAAAGCGUGCAACCGUUGUCUGGCGAUUUGGAAGCUGGUACUACCAGGCAGAGACUGCUGUCGAGGUGCUGCAGGAGCAAUACCCUGCCACGGUGGAUGUGCGAUACGGUCUCGAUCCUUGCGCUUAUCCUGCACCAGAUGGAUUUAUUCCAUGA